AUGUCGACCGCUUCUCUCCCGGACACCCAGCGCUCUCUCCCCCACCCUCCCCCGGACCCUGCCGCCCCCCAGCUCACAGCCCACUGGACGCGCCACGACGAGGGCGACGGCGAGGUCGACGUGCUCAGAAUAAAAUCAUCCUCGCCCCGCAUAAACCCCUUCCAUCUCCUCUCCCACCCAGACUCCCUUUCGUCCCUGCCUCCUCUCCCACCCAGUCUGCAGACCAUUGCGGCCGGCCCCGGCAAUUCAGAUACCCGCCAGCCGCCCGUGCACAUCACCAAGGUCUCCGCCAACGAAGUCGAGCUCAAGUCUCAUUCACCGGAGCCGUCAAAUUACAGGAAUAUCAUAGGCAAGGUCAGCGGGGUUUUCAAAAGGAAUUCACACAAUUCGGACGCGGAUUUCGCUCCGUCACCUGUGAUCAUGCAAGGCCCUCCGCCCAGCCCGCCCUUGAGUGAAGGAGGGCUGGACGAAUCGGUUAUCAUGUCCGACAAUACAGACGAGACCCCCGUUUACCAUUCAGCAGCCGCGCCUGUCUCAGAAAACGGGCCCACUAUCGCUACUGGUUUCACAUCGGAACCGUCAGAAAUGUCCCCGACGGUGCUUGCUCCACCAAUACCAUUUUCUACACGACGAGUAUCCAGCAGUUCCACGUCCAGCCGAGCCGGCUCCUUGACGCUGGUCAGAAGCGGUCGACUUGCUCCCCAGCGUGAUGGCGAAUCACCUGGUAAAGGUAAAGAUCUCCCUUUAUUACCGCACGAAUCCGAUCCCAAUCUCGAGCGACGCGAUAGCGCCGGCAGUCUUCUCGCGCCCACUCCGCAACUGUACCGCCGAAGUACUGUCGGUUCCUCAAAUUUUCCUUCAGCACCUCGUUCACCCUUAACCAAUGCUCACACUGCGUUCACAUCGCCAUCUUCAACACCGCCCCCCUCUGGCCCUCCGAGUGCCAAGGGCGACCUUUUAGAUUCUGCAAUUUUAGCUCAGGAGGAGCAUAUUCGAAGAGAAAGAAUAGAGAGACUGGAACGCAGGCAAAAAAAGGCGAGCACAACAAGUGAUUCAGACCCUGAACCAAAAAUUGAGGAAAAGCCAAAAGAAAAGCCCAGAGAGAAGGAGAAAGAAGAAACCAAGGUUCUGGUUGGGAAUUUGAUUGGCGAAGAUCAUGUGAACUACGUAUUGAUGUACAAUAUGCUCACCGGUAUUCGGAUAGGAGUAUCGCGUUGCCAAGCUAAAAUAAAGCGUCCAAUCUCAGACGACGAUUACACUGCUCGACAUAAAUUUUCUUUCGAUAUUGUUGGUAAUGAACUUACACCAUCCGCAAAGUACGACUUCAAGUUCAAGGAUUAUGCCCCAUGGGUAUUUCGAGAACUUCGAGACGAACAUUUCCACCUUGACCCGGCAGACUAUCUACUCUCGUUGACCGCAAAAUACAUCUUAUCCGAAUUAGGCUCUCCUGGAAAGUCUGGAUCGUUUUUCUACUUUUCUCGAGACUAUCGUUUCAUCAUCAAAACAAUAGCACAUUCCGAACACAAAUUUCUUCGAUCCAUACUUAAAGACUAUCACCAACAUGUCAAGGAAAAUCCACAUACCCUUCUUUCAAGAUUCUACGGUCUUCACCGUGUAAAGCUCCCCCGUGGCCCUAAAAUCCACUUUGUGAUCAUGAACAACCUCUUUCCACCUCACCGCGACAUUCACGAAACCUAUGACCUCAAGGGAUCUUCCUUUGGUAGGGAAUAUCCAGAGGAAAGGGCGGCACAAAAUCCUCGGGCGACGCUGAAAGAUAAAAACUGGGUUAACCGAGGGCGAACGUUGGAGUUUGGACCCGAGAAGCGGGCUUUAUUGACAGAGCAGUUGAGGAGAGAUAUGGAGUUCUUGAAAAGGAUCAAAGUCAUGGAUUAUUCACUCCUUGUUGGUAUACAUAACAUGGAGAGGGGCAAUCGUGAUAACCUCCGCAAGAACCAGUUGUCCGUUUUUCAUCCCGAGGUUACCACUACCAAGCGCAAGCCUUCAACCAAGCAAGGUCCUUCAGAAGCAUCCAACGUGCGGAAAGUUGUUAGACGAUCCGACCCCAAGAGCCUCGAUGUCACGUCUCAGCUUCCAUCUGAGGAUUCGGCAGAUCGUAGACAUUUCAUCUUUUACCAAGACGAAGGCGGAUUCCGCGCCACCAACGAGGCAAAUCAGCCUUUGGACACAAUCUAUUACCUUGGUGUGAUUGAUAUCUGCACUCCAUAUAGCUCAUUAAAGAAGAUUGAGCAUUUUUGGAAGAGCAUGACUGAGGACAGACAUACAAUCUCUUGUGUCGAUCCCGUUUUCUAUGGUCAACGAUUCUACAAUUUCCUCAGAUCGGUAAUGAGGGGUGGAGACAAGUCUCUCCGCCCUGUUGGCCUGGAACAAGUCGAGCCCAGCGAGAAACCCGAGGUGGGGCAGGAUAUGGACAAUAGCGAGAUGCCUAUAGGAGGGGCAAGUGAUACCCAGGAUACCACUGUACAGGACGGGCCACAGCCUAGCAUUGUUGGACACUUGAAGACAGAUUAGUUGACAUUUUUUUUAUUUAUAUAACGACUUUAUGUGAAUGACCGUAACGACGAAUUAUAGACUUGGCUUGUUGAAUGCA